GGGAAGCUGAAGGGGGUGUUCAUCAGCUGCUGUUGGCAUCCAGCUGUCCGAGAGCCAGCAGCAUUUAGGAACGUUAACUCGGCAUAUAUAUAUAUCUAUAUGCCCUAAGUGCAUAUGUGUGUCACUUCCCUAAGAUGGGAAGAAACUCUCUUUAAGUUGCUCUCAUAAAUCUCAGAAGUUGCUUCAUGAGUGAUGAUCCGUCUUUUCUUGACAGGUGCACCGCAGUGGCAAACAGCACCAAGCUUCCACGUACAGGUUGAACGAUCAGCUCCAUACCUGGCUUCUCGUCAGAACUCACAUUUUUUGCCCGUACUUCUAAUCUGACACUUCACCAGAGGGACUUCUGGGAGUUUUCCAGUGUUUUUUUUUUUACCAGAUAAACAGAGGACACUGCUGUCAUGUCCUGGGUGCAAGCUGCAGUCAGCCGAUCCAAUGAGGAUAUAUUUGAUGAAGAUGCAGAUGAGAUGUAUCUACUACAGAAGGAAUGGAACAGCACCAUGAAAAAAAGAUUGAAGGAAGGCUACAGGGAUGGAGUUGAGGCUGGGAAAGAACUUGCACUCCAGAAAGGCUUUAAUCAAGGUUACAGACACGGUGCCGAGCUGAUGAUUACAUGUGGCCAGUUCAAAGGAACCCUGAAUGCUCUCUUAUCCUGGUGUCAUUUUAAUGGACAUGAUUCUGCUUUAAAUAAGAUAAAUAAUCUUCUUGAUGUGGUUGGGAAGCAUGAAGAAGAUGUGCUCAAGUAUCUGAAUUCUGCUGAAGAACAGCUACAUCUUAGACAUGUUUUAGACUCUGUUGAGGACAUGGACCUUAAUCACACAGCUUCAGCUGGGACAGAGCACAAGGAAGUUACAGAUGGAAGACAGGAGGACGGUGGCUGCUCUGGUGAAAACAUUUGUAGAAAUAACGCUUCUUCCUAGAGUGAAGUUUUCCAGUUGCUGAGUUUAUGGCAUUAUGAACACACGUGAUAUUUCCAUUAAAUGGACAGCUGAUGUUCAUUCCAACUGUUACGGAAUAAAAUAAAACUACUUACCGCUUCACAGCUCUUGCUAUGAAAUCAUCACUGCAAUUUAGAGCUGGAUCUUGAGGAUUUAACUGAAGGUGACAGUGGACUUCUCUGGAGGUUAUAACAUCAAUUAUCACUAAGAAGGAACAGAACAAAAAAGGCUUGUUUUGAAAUACUUACAAACAUUGAAAAUCAUCCUUUCAUUUUGACGCUUGAGGAGAUGUAAGACUGAAGUCAGUGGGCCGGGGUUUGCAGCAGUGCAUCUGCGUGCCUUGCUUUUUCUUAAUACACUUAAAUCACAAAUAGAAGUUACCAUUUAUUCAUUAAAUGCAGAUCAAGACAAAACAGGAUUUUCAUCUACUUUCUGUUUUAUUCUGAGUACAGAAUACCUGUAAGCAGUUGACACACAGGUGAUACUUUGUGUUUUUCAUUGCCUGCACACCACUGAGAGGGGCCCUUAGAAUUUAUUUGUUACUGAGAAGCAUAAUGCAAGAGCCUACAUAGAACCAAGACCCUUGCCAGCUAAGUAAAGAGGACAGUAUCAAUUAUUCCACACGUACCACAGGCUAAAUUCUCUUCCACGGGAUGAGGGAAAAAGACACAAAAGCUGGUGUUCCUGUGUGGUACCACUUCAAAGUAAAGCAGUUCUGAAUCAUCUAGAAAUAAAAUUACUGUUUAGUGAUAUCCACCUGUUGAAUCUGGACUCUUUUUGGCUGAAACAUACGUCAGAAUUUAAAAAAUACUGAUGCAGUAGAAUCUAAUUAUUCAUUACUUUGACAAGUUAGUUUAUGCUUCUAGAAGUGUCGGGCCUAGGAGAUAGUAAAAAAAAA